AAACUACACUGUAAAAUCCCGACCUUAAUAAAAAGCGCCUAGACCUCAUGAACAAAAACAAAACCAAAUUAGAAUAAGAAAACGAAAGAGAUAAUUUUUUUGCAAAUUUUCACCUGUUUCUCGCUGUGAUUAUAUAUAUUUAUAUUCUGAUAUAUUUUUUUCCAAAACCUGGAAGUAGCUCGGUUCAGUUAACCUAGUUACCAGGCCACGCCGGAAAAUGUGGAUUUUCCGGUCAGUCUUUUGGGUUUUCUAUAUUGUCCUGCUUUGCUCAUCGGCAACUUUAAUCGGUGGUCAGAGUUCUAAGAGAAGCUGGCAAACGCUUAACGGUUCUGCUCCACUUGUCAUAGCUAAUGGUGGAUUUUCCGGGAUAAUUGCCGAUUCCAGUAGUGUUGCUUAUUCACUUGCGGUCCAAUUGGGUUUGCCAAAUCUACUCGUUUCUUGCGAUUUGAUGCUCACAAAAGACAAUCGUGGAAUUUGCUUCCCCAAUAUCCUGCUACAAAACUCGUCAGACAUCGAUUUUGUGUAUCCUAACAGGAGCAGCUCUUAUCCAGUCAAUGGCGUCCAGAUGAAAGGAUACUUUUCCGUUGAUUUUUACUAUAACGAACUAAUUAGCAAUGUAUCUUUGACACAAGGAAUUUAUUCUCGGGCGCCCAAUUUUGAUUACAGUGGACUGCAAAUUAUGACUCCUGAGUCAAUAUAUGAGUCGCAACCCCAACCAUCUGGAGUAUGGUUGAAUAUACAGUAUGAUUCAUUUUUCACCCAGCAUGGUCUGAACAUGAGAGAAUAUGUACUGAAUCUGCUAAAAAGUUCCUCUGGGGUUGGUAUUAAAUAUAUUUCAUCACCAGAGGUGGACUUCCUGACACGUGCCAGAAAUGGAGUGGGAAGGAGAAAGCUCGUUUUCCAGCUUUUGGGUUCCGAAGAGACGGAGCCCACCACCAACCGAACGUACGCGUCGUUUUUGAACAAUCUCGAGGAGAUUAGAAAGUUUGCUGAUGGGAUUCUUGUUCCGAAAAGUUUCAUAUGGGCAGUGGAUAAAGAGCAGUAUUUACUGAACUAUACUUCCAUUGUGUUGGAUGCUCAUCGUGCGGGUUUGGAGGUUUUUGCGUCUGGUUUCGCGAAUGAUGCUCAAUUACCGUAUAAUUACAGCUAUGACCCUGUUUUGGAGUACCUCUCGUUUAUUGAUAAUGGUGUAUUUUCUGUUGAUGGUGUGCUUUCUGACUUCCCACUUACUCCAUCUGCAACCAUAGAUUGCUAUUCUCACAUGAACGGGAACGAGACUAUUCUUGCAAACUUUACGAUUAUUGCAAACGAGGGAGCAAAUGGGGACUAUCCCGGUUGUACAGACGUUGCAUAUGAAAAAGCUGUGUCUGACGGUGCAAAUAUACUGCGCUGCCCUGUUCAAAUCACGAACGAUGGAGUGCCUAUUUGCUUGGGAUCCAUCAACCUCUUUAACGCAACAAAUGUUGUUCAAUCACCUUACUUGAACCGAGCAGCUGAUAAUAAUGAGCUAGGCAUAAAGGGAGGACUUUUCGUCUAUAAUUUCACAUGGGCCGAAAUUAAAACCUUGAAACCUCAAAUUUCGAGUCCGUAUAAAGACGGGUUUGGCCUAUUCCGGAAUCCAAGAGCAAUAAACGAUGGGAAGUUGAUGCAGCUAUCCGAUUUCCUCGCAUUCGCAAACAAUCAAUCUUCCGUGUCCGGGGUCAUGAUCAGCAUCGAGGGCUUAAGCGUGACUGAUGCAGUGAAUAAGGCCCUGAAAGGAAGCACCUCAAAGAGGGUCCUUAUCGAGUCGAGCGACAGCUCAGUCCUGAGGAAAAUGAGCCGUGAAAGGUACGAGACAGUGUACGUUGUUGACGAGGAUGUGAGUGACGUGGCGGAGUCGACCAUCUCAGAAAUACACGGGUUUGCAGGGUCGGUAAUCGUGUCCAAGAGAUCCGUGUACCCGACUGACGCGUUUUUCGUGAUUGGCGAGACGAAUUUGGUGGAGAGGCUGCAGAAGUCGAACCUCACGGUUUACGUGCGCCUCUUCCGUAACGAAUACGUGGCCCAACCAUGGGACUUCUUAUCCGACCCUUACUUUGAGAUCAACAGGAAUCGGUGUUUAAAGUACAGAGCUAGCAAAAGGCCAUUGUACAUGCAAUCAGUACAAGUGGGUGGUCUUAUUGAACUGAUGACACCCCAAAGCCUUCCACCAGCCGAGGCUCCAAUCCCGGUCCUCACGGAUGAUAAUGUAACCGAGCCUCCUCUGCCGCCAGUUGUCGUGAGGCGGCCCACGCCUCCUCCUCUGCCUCGUCAUGCCAUGGCUCCCACUCCCACCCAACACAGUGGCCAACCGACACUUGUCGCCACCACGGCCCUGACAGCUGUGCUUAUGCUUGCCUGCCUGUAAUUUUACUGAGGGGUUGCUAGUUGCUUGUCUUCAUUUUUUAAUUUGUACCUAGUUUAACAUUCGUUUGCCCGUAGGAUUUUGGGUUGAUGGGAUUUUAUAUAUGAGGACAUUAAUUAGGAUAAUUCUUGUAUUUUUAUUUUUACUUAUCUUUUUAUAAUUGGUGGUCGCGCUUUUUU